AUGCUCAAGUCAACUAGCGCUGCUGCCAAGUCGCAUAUCAUUGUUGUCGACGUCGGACAUGAAACGACAAGAUAUAUUUUGCACAAGAAACUCUUAACUCAACACUCUGGACUGAUCCGACACAUGAUAUCUCAAGAUCCCAUCAGAAGAUUUUUUGCCUUCCAAGAUAUCCGCACUGAUGUGUUUGAUGUCUUCGUGGACUGGCUGUAUGAGAAGAAGCUGCCUCCAUCUGCUCAAACUGUUGAUGGUUGGCUCAUAUUCGAUGUAUACAUGCUCGCAGACCGACUCUCUGUGAUUCGCUUGAAGGUUACAUUGAUGACUACACUCUUUCGUGGGCUUUCUUCGCGUUACGUGACCAACGACACGGUCUGUAGGCUUUUUGCGGCUCUACCGAAGAGCGAUCCAUUGCCUCAGCUAGCUAUGGAUGCAUUCUGUAUCAACGAUGCUACUAAGAACUUGGAUGCAGAGAGUCUCGGCAGCAUUGAUAGCUAG